AGCGGUGCUGGCACGGGAGUACGGUGGCGCGGCGCGCCGGGGCGGCCGCCAUUCGCCAGUGCAGUGGGCGUUCCGCGCUGGGCGCCCGGCGCCGCGGCGGGCCGCCGAGGACGGCGCGCCAGCGGGCCCGAGGCCAUGGCCUCCACCCUGAAGGUGUUCGGGCUCCCGGGGCACACGGACGACGCCGAGCUCCUGCAGAUGUUCGCCGUCUUCGGCCCCGUGGCCUCCGCGAGCCUCUGCGACGAGGAGGGCAGCACGCAGCGCUCCGGGCUCGUGACCUUCGGGACGCACCAGGCGGCCCUGGCCGCCAUGUCCCACAUGAAGGGCCGCCACCACCGGGGCGCCUGCCUCUCCGUGCAGCUCGCGGGCUUCUCCGAGCUGCACGGCGCGGGCGCGGGCGGCGACGGGCCGACGCGGCAGCGCGUGGCGGGCGGCCGCCUGGUCGGCACGGUGUCGAGCUGGCUGGGGGCCUACGGCUGGAUCGAGCCCGACGGGCGCCUGGACCACUCCGCGGCGGGGAAGCACGACGGCAAGGUCUUCCUGUCGUCGCGCGACCUCGGCGCGGCGCCGCCGCCGAAGCCCGGGGACCGGCUGUCCUUCGCGCUGUACUUCGACAGCGACGGGCUGGGCGCACACGAGGUGGGCCCGCCCGACAAGGGCGGGGGCCCUGGCAGGGUCGCCGUGGACGCCGCCGUGGCCCUCCUGCCCGGCAGCGUGGAGGUCAGGGUGCUCGGGUGGCCUCCCAGCCUGGAGGACGCGUUCCCGAAGACCUUCGCGCACUUCGGGACCGUGUGCUCCCACACCUUCGAGCGGCCGCAGCGGCAGGGCGCGAGGUCCUCUGGCGCCGUCACGUUCAGCUCGCUGCACUCCGCGAGGCUCGCCGUGGAGGCGAUGGACGGGAAGCCGUACGGCGGGAAGCCCCUGAGCGUGCGGUUCGCGGACCCGGAGCAGGAGAAGGCCGCGCGGCCCCUGGCGCCGCCCGCGGCACCUCCGGGCGGCGGUGCGCUCGGAGAAAGUGCGGCUGCGGCGCGGUCCCCGGGAGGGGGCCCGCUCGUGCGCUCGGAGGGCCCGGACCAGCGCCACACGGGCACCGUGAGGCAGUGGACGGCGACGAAGCACUUCGGCUGGAUCGCGCCGGACGGGCCCCUGUCUGUCCAGGACCCCCAAGGCCGCAAGGACGUCUACUUCGAGAGGCGAGACCUGGAGGGCGAGGCGCCAGCCAAGCUGCGCGUCGGCAGCCGCGUGUCCUUCCAGCGGGCGGUCUUCAAAGAGGGGGCCCUGCAGCAUGGGGCCCUGAGGCUGGGGACGGAUACCGAGCUGGAUCUCCACUGCUCGAGGCUCCCCCAUCCUGAGGUCCCCCAGCCUCCAGGGCCCCCCUCUUUGGACCGCCGGUCCAGCUCUACACGGACGCCAAGGGCCUCGGGGCGGCGAAGGUGCGCGUGGAGGCCGGCGACAGGAUGGAGGUGCUGGAGGCCCGCCGUGCGGAGCGCGCGGCCGCGGCGGCGGCCGCCGCCGCGGCGAAGCCCUGGUGGCACAGGCUGGCUGGCGACUGCUGUCCGAUUUCGCUCGCGCCCCUGGAGGAGCUGCCGUACGAGCCUUUCGGGCUCUCAGCCAGCAGCUCUGUCGCGGGGGGGCUGGAGGAGGGCGAGGGGCUCUGGGGCCCAGCGGCAGUGGCCGCGCUGGAGGCCGGCGAGCUGGGGCCGGUGCAUUGGUUCGACGGCAGGUUCCUGGCCUGCUCGCUGGUCGGUCAGGGCUGCUUCGUGGACCCGCUCUCCAUGCGCCCCCUCGCCCGCCGGGAGUGCGAGUCGCUGGACGGCUACCUGGCCCACAUUGGGUUGCCGCGCGUCGGGGUUACGGAGGCCUUCGACCUCGCGGCCGAGGCGGCAGCCGGCGGCGAGGCCGCGGACCUGCUGAGGCAGUGCCUGGAGCAGCAGCGGGAGACGGCCCGCAGGGCGCUCGGCGAGGCCGAGGAGGCGCCCGCGCCGCCCGGGCCGCCCCCGUGCGCCCCGGCGGCCGCCUCCGGCUCGCCGACCGCCGCCGGCUCGCCGGCCGCACCCGAGACCGGCAAGCGGCGCCGCUGGGGCCGCGACAAGUGACGAGCGGCCGCGGGG